UUUCUCUCUCUAUAUAUUCUUUGAAAUUAGGGUUUCUAGUGUUCUUUAACCAUUCUCGUCGGCGAGCUGCAGCUUUCUCAUCUCCUCAACAAUGGUGGCCGCCAAGAAGACCAAGAAGACCCAUGAGAGCAUCAACAACAGGCUCGCUCUCGUCAUGAAGAGUGGGAAAUAUACAUUGGGAUACAAAACCGUCCUGAAGACCUUGAGGAACUCUAAAGGUAAGCUGAUUAUCAUUGCCAACAACUGCCCUCCACUCCGAAAGUCCGAGAUCGAGUAUUAUGCGAUGUUGGCAAAGGUUGGAGUUCACCAUUACAAUGGAAGCAAUGUAGACCUUGGGACUGCUUGUGGCAAAUACUACAGAGUAUGCUGCCUCAGCAUUAUCGAUCCAGGUGAUUCGGAUAUCAUCAAGAGCAUUCCUGGAGAAA